ACUCACGGGAACUCAAUCGCGGCAACGGUGAUGCUAUCGCUCAUGCUGAAGCGGUACAGUGCGACCCCGGCUGCGGCCAGCGCGACUGGCGGGGCGGGAGAGCGCGGCCAGGUCGCAGGCCCGGCCACAGGCAGCGGCAGCAGCACACACGUAUCUGAGGCCGCGCGCCAGGCGGUGUUUGCGCCUGCCACUGCUGAGCAGGUGACUGAGGCAGCCGCUCAGGUUGUGUCUGGGCGCCUGCCUUCCUGGCUGCGCGGCAGUCUGCUGCUCAACGGCUGCGGCGACUUCCGCGGCAUGCAGCACCUGUUCGACGGAUACGCCUGUCUCAGCCGGGUGCGGCUGGACGGACAGGACAACAGGGCGUGGGUCAGCCAGAGGUUCCUGGACACAGACGCAUACAGGUCCUACCGCACCACUGGCCGCCUCAAGUAUCGGGAGUUUGGCACGCCCGCCGGCACACCCGCAGGCCCCCAGCCCGAGAGCUCCCUGCUACUGCGGCUGCUGCGGUCAGUCUUCAACACGGCGUACGGUGUUGUGGUGACGCUGACUGGCCGCCAGGGCUUUUCCGACAACGCCUCAGUCACACUCACCGCUCUGCCCUCCGGACAGCUGCUGGCGCUCAGUGAGCCCACGGCCGCCACCUACCUGGUGGACCCGAACACACUGGCCGCCACACACCACGUCGUGUACGGCAACAAGGGAGGCAGCGCACGAGACAGCAGCGGCAGCGGCAGCAGUGGCGGCGGCAGCGGCAGCAGCAAGGGGCGUCCGGCAGCACCAGAAGCAGGGGCUGCUGGUGUGGAGGUUGCGGUGGCGGGAGGGGCGGGGGCAGUGAGGUCUGCCAGCAGUGGGCGGCUGCAGGUGUUUCGUGUGGUUGACGACAUGGUGCACUCAGACAUCCAGACCGCACACAUCAAGCCCAUCCCCGACGGCCGUCUGGUCAACUUCAGCCGCAGCCUGCCCUUCGGCGGCUACCACGUGUAUGUGCAGGACCCCGCCAGCCUGAGGCGCACGCAGAUCGCAUUCAUCCGCGACCGCGACCCGUUGGCGCCUUGCUGGGUUCACGACAUGGCCGUGACCCGCACACACCUGGUGGUGGUGGAGGCGCCGCUGCACAUGAACCUCACGGCGCUCAUGGUGGGCAGCAGCAGGCAGUACGUGUUCAUGGACUGGCGGCCGGAGGCCGGCACCCGUGUGCACGUUAUUGCACUGGACGGAUCUAGGGUUGUGACUCAUACUGCUCCGGCACUGUUCACGUUCCACUUCUCCAACGCCUUCGAGCGGCCCUCCGCCUCCUCGCCCGGCGCCACCGAGCUGUGUGUGGACUUCAGUGUGUAUGACGACCCCGCCAUCCUCAACGACCUGUCGCUCAAGGAAAUGAUGGACAUGCCGGGAAAGGACAUCUCCCCAAGCCGCCUGCGCCGCCUGACGAUGCCGCUGCGUGACGCCGCCGGCAAGCCCGCCGGCCCGGCCCGCCUGGACGCCCCCGCGCCGCUGCUGCGCGAUGAGUCGGCUUACGGCAACUUUGUGGAGUUUCCCGCGUUCAACACAAAGUUCGCCGGCCUCCCCUACCGCUACUGCUACAGCACCGCCGCCGUGCGCCCCACCAACAUGGGCAACGCGCUGGCCGUGCACGACCUGCAGGAGGGAACCAGCAGGCUGUGGCAUUCGCCCGGGGGAAUGCCGGCCGAGCCGUGCUUCGUGCCGCGGCCCGGCUCCUCGGACGAGGCCGACGGGGUGGUGCUGGCGGCGGUGGUGGGCGCGGACGGCGGCAGCAGUGUGGUUGUGCUGGAGGGAGGCAGCCUGCAGGAGCUGGCGAGGGUAAAGCUGCCCGUCACGGUGCCGUACAGGUUCCACGGCACAUUCGUACAGCAGAAAUAGCAGGGGCAGUGGUAAUGCAGUACGGCACGGGGUGUUUACCGUUGUGGUGGUGGCGGCGCAGGUGCGGGUAGCUGUGAGGUUCAUGCUGUAGUGGAAGAAAGUGUGAAGCGGUGUUUUAUGUUAGAAAGGCUGUGCAGCAGUGCAGGCCUUGCGUUGUAUAAGUGCACCUCAUUGUCUGGAAGGUGCUGUUUUAUAAGGCAGUCGCGUCUGUAGCUGAGCUGGACGCGGAACCAUGCCAUGGUCCUCGCAUACAGACGCGUACGUGUAGAGGGUGGGCUUCCUGGAGAUAGCAGGGGGGACGGGCAGUCUAGUGCCACCUGGAUGAUUCUGUGUCAUCAGCAUACUGUGACAGACAUGCAAGCACUUCGUCAGGACGAGCCCGUA